AUGUCUCUCGCCAACAGUACCAUCACGACAGCAACAACAGCAUCUACUGCAGCAUCUGACAAGCGCCUCUCCUCUUCCAUCAACAAUGAUGCUCGAGAAAAGAUGUUGUUCAAGCGACAACAAUUACUACAAACCUAUUACGAUAACUUGCAAAAUCAAGUCAAGCAAUCUCAACAAGAACUGGCGCAGGCAUCUCAACAAAGACGCCAUUGUGAGAUGGAGUUGGAUAAAGCCAAGCAGCGUAACGAUGAGCUCAAGGUCAACUUAAAAGAGAUGCAAAAUACACUGUACGAGACGACCAAACCCAUCCGAGUGACCGACGAUGAUUUCUCCACCAUCAUUGCAACACUAGGUAAAUUUUCGGGCAAAGUCAACAAUUUCUCGCCCAACGCCAAGAGCGCCUUCAAAUGCAUGCAGAAUCCAGGUCAAGCCAAGCUUUUCUUUUGUGGAUUGUUUGAGCAAGAUGCAGCACAAAUUGCAGCACUCUUUGAUAAAGCAAUCCAAUCCAAUGCAGACAAGACGGAUUACAUGCUGGUCUCUGUAUUGAUUGAACGAUACCUUACAGAAAAGAUUGUAGCAAGUGUACUCAAGACAGGCAUCCAUAUGGACCAGGCUACCAAUGAGUCCUUUGGUCGUAUCCAUCGUCUAUUCGUUGAUACCAAGCAUACGGCAUGGGCUAAGGAUUUAAGGCUAAAAACGGCAAAGGCAACUGCAGAACUGAUUCAACGAAAAGAUCCUCAGAUCAUGGCUACCAUUGAACAAGCAAAGACAUCGAUCAUCAAGGAGAUUGCAGCCACAUUAACACCACUGUAUGAAAUGACACCAGAUAUCAUACAGCGUAUCGAGAAAUUGGUCGACAUGGCAUCGGAUCUAUGCUUGCCAAUCAAUGGACAGGACGAUGUGCUUCUUAUACACACAUUACGCACAAAUGACAAGGUGAUCCCCAAUCAAGUCAAACAUGUCUAUCGUCAUGUGGGUGAAGAAAAGCCGGGCCAGGAAAAGAUCUACCUGAGUAUUGCGCCUGUGUUUUUGGCGAAAAGCACAGUCGAGGCGGAUGAUGAGAUGUUGACAGACAGUUAUAUAGACAACUACACACUUGUCUACCCUGGAAGAGCCAUCUGGUGA